AUGGCAAUUGCAACAAUCGUCUUGCUGCUGGCUGGCGUCUCGAUAUUUUCUUUAAUUAAAACGGAGCAACAGACAGAAACAUUGCUGCAAUCCUUUAUGCAAAAUAAGGUUUUUGUAAGGCGAGUCGAGGAAAUUGUUCAGCGGUAUAUUGAGGAGCGAUAUGCAACGCAAGAUGACGCUGCGAGAUCCAACAUCUUUGCCGCGGACCAACACGUACAAAAUGAGCGAAAAAGUAAUUUUGUUCGUCAAAAACGAAGCAGCAGCGCAAAUUUAUACGACGACAACGUAUUGCUGGGACCAUCAUCGAGAUCAUUGGAUGACGAUCCCGAGGUAGAAUUUUUUAAUCCGAAAUUAAGACACGAACUGGAGAAGAAGGAUGCAGAAAUAAUGGCAAAAACUAAAUUAAAAGGAGCAGCACCCGGCGGAGAUCAAUGGGUAUGGCUGACAAGUUACUCCCGCAUACCGUCACAAGCGAUCGCAGGCUUUUGUCGUGCUACAAAGGAGCAUUGUCCGCCGGGACCUCCGGGUGUUCCAGGAGUUCCGGGCGCUAAAGGAAAUCGAGGUGACAUCGGUAUGCCAGGUCCCCCCGGAAUGGAUGGAAGAGAAGGCAGAAUGGGCCCUCGAGGACCUAAAGGAGAACGAGGAUUGCCCGGAAUGAAAGGUUUAGAUGGAAGAGAUGGCAUUCCAGGAGAACCUGGAUUAGAUGGCGUACCUGGAAGAGCAGGAGUUGCUGGAUUAGAAGGACCUGAGGGAAAAAUGGGACCUCGAGGACCAAAAGGCGAACGAGGACAACAAGGAGAACCUGGAUUAACAGGACCUGUAGGUCCUCCGGGUCCUCAAGGAGAACAAGGCAUUCGUGGUUUGACGGGACCUCGAGGAAGAUCAGGAAAACCAGGCAUCGAUGGAACGCCCGGCACUCCCGGAAUAAACGCAUGGAAGAUAAAAGUCAACGGAACAUUCAGCAGUGACUUACUCGUGCCGCCAUCGAUCAUCGGAGCUGACAGUACCCAAACCUCACGUCCCAUCAUUAUCUACGAAAACGAACAUUUGCGUCUCAGAUGCGCUGCCACAGGAACUCCCAAACCCGAAAUCGAAUGGCGACGCGAAGAUGGACAUACAAUCAACACCGGAUCAUGGGAAGCCUCAUCAAUGUCGGGACACACGCUGAACAUCACUCACAUUAAUCGCGAACACAUGGGAGCAUAUCGAUGCAUGGCUGACAACGGCAUUCCUCCGCAAGCCAAUCAAACGUUCUACGUUGAAGUUCAUUUUGCACCCAUGAUUGUCAUUACAAAUUCAAUGAUUUAUGCAGCAAAUGGGACAGUUGCAAGUUUGGAGUGCAAGGUUGAAGCUUUCCCUGAACCUCUUCGAUAUUGGGAACGUUCUGAUGGUCGUCUCUUAGAACCAAGUGAAAAAUAUCAAAUGGAGACACACACAAAUGGCUACAAAUCUGUAAUGCGACUAAAUAUUACAAUUACAUCAAAUCGAGACUACGGCGAAUAUCAUUGCAUCAGCAAAAACGAGAUGAGUCUUGCCAGAGGAACAUUCCACGUCGAAGAUCGUAAUCCGUUUGUCGUGAAACCCUUGCCAGACUUGCAAUCCGUGCAGAUUUAUGGCAACAAAGCGCCGCCCAAGAAGUCAAUGGAUGACAUUUGUGGACCGCCAGCUACGUGCCCUGAAUGCCCCGAUCCAAAGGAUUUCAAGUGCAAAGACGCCAUUGUAUCACUGUAUGAUCUGGUUGGUAAUUUACAAAUCAUGCCAACCGGCAAUUUAUCGUAUCCUGGAAUCUCUAAUCGAACAUUGAAUUGCGAAUUGUAUGCAAUUGGUAAGCCCGUCUUCCAUAAAUUCUCGGAAGAGCAUUAUGGGUCAGCGUUGAAGGAUCCGUUGCCGCGCAACAGUGUUUUCGAGGAAAAGUAUUGGUGCACGAAGCAGAACGACUCCUAUCGCUUGUACGAGUACGCCAACAAAGCUGCUUACCGAAAUAAUGCGCACACAAAGACCUACCGUUUGGAGCAUCCGUUCAGAGGCAAUGCUCAUGUCAUUUACAACGGAUCUUUUUACUACAACGAGAGAGAUACGCCGAGAAUCGUUAAAUUCGACAUUGCCGUGGAACGACAAUCAGCAUCGAGGGAGUUAAGAGGCUUGGAUAUAAAUGGCACGCACCAUCUCUACACAACCGACUACAAUUACGUCGAUUUAGCUGUGGACGACAAUGGAUUAUGGGUGAUAUAUGGCACGCAGGACUCGAAUCACACAAUAGUAACUAAGUUGAACGCCAACGACUUGGAGAUUGAAUACAGUUGGAAUAUUAGCAUUAAUCAUCAUAAACUCGGUGAAAUGUUUAUCGUUUGUGGCGUUUUGUAUGGCAUCGAUUCCGUCACAGAACGCACGACAAAAAUUCGUUUGGCUCUCGACUUGUAUCAGAAUCGAUUAUUGGAUGUAAGUUUAGCAUUUACAAAUCCGUUCCGUACAACAACCACAGUGGGCUACAAUCAUCGUAAUAAGGAACUGUACUCUUGGGAUCGUGGUAAUCAGCUCACUUAUCCAGUUAGAUACCAUGAAAUAGGAUUAGGUUAUAAUGUAACGACAUCAGCGGAGCGUACCGACGAUUUAACGUCGCAACUGAAAACGGGCUACGAUAUUUAUCAUGAGAACGGCGGUAUUUAAGGCCGUCUCAUGGCAAAGCGCAAAACAUCAACAUCUAAUGAAUAUAUGCUUCAUUAAAUUGAUGGCAGU